AAUUUUUAAUCGCGUUAUGUUGGCGCACCUGCCAGCUAUAAACAAGAUCCGAGUGGCCCGCCAUUGCGUUCUUCGGCGUUUGAUUACAGGUACAUGGAAGAAUAAGGAACAAUGUCUGUUCACACCCGCAAAACGGAAAGAAAUCUACAAAUAUUCUGCACCAUGGACUUUAUACAGCAUGAACUGGUCGGUUAGACCUGACAAACGAUUUCGGCUUGCUGUUGGAAGUUUUGUGGAGGAAUAUAACAACAAAGUCCAGAUAGUACAAUUAGAUGAGGACCCAUCAGAGUUUGUCGUCCGAUCUACGUUUGAUCAUCCGUACCCUACUACCAAAAUAAUUGUGGAUACGCCAGACAGUAAAGGUAUAUAUCCAGACCUCUUGGCAACCAGUGGAGAUUAUCUUCGAGUCUGGCAGCAGGGCACUGAUGGUGAUACGAGAAUGGCUUGUCUUUUAAAUAAUAAUAAAAACUCAGACUUCUGUGCACCUCUGACCUCAUUUGAUUGGAAUGAGGUUGAGCCAAAUUUAAUAGGAACCUCAUCUAUUGAUACAACUUGCACAAUAUGGGGACUAGAGACUGGUCAAAUGCUUGGCCGGGUCAAUGUAGUGUCAGGACAUGUUAAGACUCAGCUGAUAGCCCACGACACGAAGUGUUUCGACAUUGCCUUCUCCCGGGCAGGAGGUGGAAGAGAUAUGUUUGCCUCAGUUGGUGCCGAUGGCUCAGUCAGAAUGUUCGAUUUACGUCAUUUGGAGCAUUCCACAAUCAUCUACGAAGACCCAGCACACACUCCUCUCUUGAGGUUGGCAUGGAAUAAGCAGGACCCUAAUUAUUUGGCUACUGUUGCAAUGGACGCUUGUGAGGUGAUCAUCCUUGAUGUACGUGUUCCGUGCACUCCAGUAGCCAGACUGAAUAAUCACCGAGCAUGUGUCAAUGGGAUUGCAUGGGCGCCUCAUUCUUCAGUCCAUAUUUGUACUGCUGGUGAUGAUCAUCAGGCUCUCAUAUGGGACGUGCAGCAGAUGCCACGAGCAAUUGAAGACCCAAUAUUAGCAUACACAGCAGCUGAGGGAGAGAUCAACCAAAUUCAGUGGGGAGCCACACAACCAGACUGGAUUGCCAUCUGUUACAACAAGUGUCUUGAGAUUCUCAGAGUAGGUGUGGGCAGACUCUCCUCUGGACAUCCUGUUAGACAUCCCAUGAGAUUUCCACCCUAUUGAAGAGAAAAGAAGGC